AUGCGCUGGAGUCAAUUGGCACUGUUCUCUAUCUUCAGUUACAUCACACUGGCAUUGAGAUUGACCGACGUCAAUGUUAUUAACUACACAGACGAUGAAAAGAAACUGUUAACGUUCAAAGAAGUAAGCGCAGAUAUAGUCACCGAUCAGCAAUUGAAGGUUAUCGAAGUCACAAUCCCUGACGCCAUUUACCUCGUCACUUUCAAAUCCGAGACCCCACUAGAUCAGGCUAAUGUCUACCUAGGUCAUCCAGACAAGAGUCUAGAGGUUGUUUAUCCAAUCAAAGAAAGGGCUGGUGAUAUCUACUUGUUCGAGAUUAAUAUGGACAAAUUAGACAAGAACUUGUUGGCGGUUCAAAAGGAACUUGGUAACAAACCAUUGGCCGUUACUGUUGUCGCUGCGAGCAAAGAUGAUAGUGAAGGCGUUCUAAAGACUCUAUUCUACAUGCAGUUGCAGGAAUCUAUGCUUACCGAAGAGCUUCCUCAACGAGAACUAGCCAUUAAGAAAGAGUUGGCCCAUACCUUCAACAAGCCUCCAACCCAUGCUCCUAAGCUCUUCGCACAAUUAUUCGCUCUCAUCAUCCUAGCUACCUUUGCCGCCUUAGUCAUCACCUGGUUUGCAGCUGGUGCAGUUAACUUCGGUAACAUGCCAAAGGGCAACUUCAUCUAUUUUAUUGGUUUUGUUGUUACAAUCGUCGGAUUUGAAUAUAUCUUUACUCAAUAUCAAUUGGGCACUGGUAUCUUUGAAACUAUCAACAGGGCUAUUUGCUUGGGUGUCCCAGGUAUCUGGAUUAGUGCUAAGUUCUUAAGAUCAGUCGAGAAACCAUUGUAA